AUGAGCCUCACUUGCAGAACACUCGACAGCGAGAGAUUCACGCGCGCAGACCGUUAUUGCCAUGGAUUAGAAUCCGAAUCUACUAUAUUAUUUCGACAUCCGUCAGCCAUUGUUAAAGAACCCUUCCCGCUCAUUAAUAAGCCGGUGCUGGACGUGAGCAAGAACCGCCUGACGUCCCUGGCCUUCCUGCCGUCGCCGUGCGCGCUGCGCCGGCUGGACGCGUCCUUCAACUCCGUGCGCAGCCUGGAGCCGGUGCGGCGCUGCGCGGAGCUGGAGUGGCUGGACGUGAGCGGCAACGAGCUGCGCCCGCUCACCGGCGACGCCUUCGCCGGCCUCUGGAAGAUCCGCCACCUGGGCCUGGGCAUGCUGCACAUGCGCUCCGUGCCCCAGCAGCUCUUCCAGAACCUGCCCAACCUGGAGCACCUGGACCUCAACGGCAACGACCUCACCUAUCUGCCGCAGACCGAGUUCUCCACGCUGCUGCGACUCAAGUCGCUCAACCUGCAGGGCAACCAGUUCUCCUACGUCCCCACCAAAAUCUUAGGGGGACUUAUUAUGCUGGAGACGCUCGACAUGUCCAACAUUGGGCACGUUAGGUUUCCAACAGCGGCUCUGGCAGGACUUGACCGUCUCAAGUCGCUGAAGCUGGUGUACUAUCAGUUUCAUUCCCUUCCUGCUGAUGCUUUUGAUCGGCAAAAGGACUUAAUUGAGUUAGAUAUAAGUUUCAAUGAGUUUUACUCAGUACCUGAGGGGUUGUUAACAAAACUUUCGAAGAUUCAAAAUCUUAAAAUGAGAGAAUGUGGUUUAACGAAUAUCCCGUGGGAUGACUUAGCUCACCUACAAAAUCUUAAAAAUUUAGACAUAUCAUAUAAUAAUCUCACUUCACUACCUUCUGUAGCUUUUUCUACUUUGACUGAUCUAGAGGAGCUCGACAUUGUUGGCAACGAGCUGUCUUCUUUGAACUCUGAUACAUUUGGGGGGCUGACAAAAUUGCGGGUGCUAAAUCUAGGAGUAAACAAAUUGGAAGAACUUCCCGAAGGUGUGUUUUCUGGCUUGUCUAAUCUUACUCUUCUGGUUUUGAGUAGCAACAAGUUGAAAACGCUCAAUAAAAGAAUAUUUUACAAACUUUCCAAUCUCGAACAUCUCGAUCUGCAGGACAAUGAAUUGACGUCUCUUCCUGUUGGAGUUUUUGGUGGGCUGUAUAAUUUGAAAACACUGUUGUUAGCUCGCAAUGAGAUGACUACUAUAGAACCAGGCACAUUUGCAGGUCUGCAUUCUGUUCGAUCGCUCGGUUUCUACCGCAAUCGAUUAUCUCAUUUGCCGCCAGACGUGUUCGCGGACAUGAAGACUCUCCAGUCUCUGUGGUUGUCAGACAAUGAGCUAACUGAUAUCCCUGAGGGCUUGUUUAAAGGACUCACAGACCUCCAAGCCUUAUCACUAACACGGAAUAAACUAAAAGCGUUGAAACCUGGCCUCUUCAAGGACUUGGCAUCACUCGAUGGGCUCUACCUCUCCUUCAACCAGCUGACCGAACUCCCCAAAGGAUUGUUUUCAGGCCUCUUCUCUCUGACGACGUUGGAGCUGAACAACAACCAGCUGGCGGAGCUGCCGGGCGACGUGCUGGCCGACCUCCCGGCGCUGGAGUCGCUCCACGUGCAGCGGAACCGCGUGACGCUGUGGUUCAACAACGUGACGUCGGUGGCGGAGGGCGUGCUGCGCUCGUGGCUGGACGCGUCGGGGGCGGAGGCGGAGGCGCGGGCGGUGCCGCGCACGCUGGACCUGAGCGCCAACGCGCUGGCGGAGGCGGCGUCACUGCGCUGGGCGCUGGACGGCCCCGGCGCCGAGGGCGUCAACGCGACGCUGCUGCGCGCGGGCGACUGCGCGUGCGGGGCGCUGGCGCGGGGCGACGCCGCCGUGCUGCUGUGCGUCGACCUGCCGUGCCCCGGCGACCCCGACGCCGACGCCCCCGGCACGCCCCGCGACUGGAUGCAGGCGGCCAGGGCAGGCUGGCGACGCCCCGCGCGCGCCCGCCCGUGA